AUGCCCCAGGCACCAGCCCCGUCGAGCGCUGACAUUGAUGCUGCUACCGCUGCCGACCAUGCUCGAGCCUCUUCCAGCACGCCUCGCAAGACCAGCUCAAGUCGUCCUACGGCUCUCUUGACCAAAUCGUGGACCUCUGCGUCUGUUCUUCCGUCCGCAAGCUCAUCACGCAUCACAGUCGGCGCCAACACCAGCACAGCCGCCGACACAAGCUCUCCGCGCUCUCCUGCCUCGAACAGCAGCUCGUCUACGAGAGCUUCCACGCCGCUGCCCCAGAUCACCUUCAGCCCCUCCAAGCCGCAGCUGUCCACCCGGCAGACAUACGCAGAAGGGCAGUCGCUAGCAGGGCCAUCUGACGAGUCACGCAUUCGUAUUCCUUCCCGUCAAAGCUCGGACCGAAGCGGCUCUCCUGACGCCGAACUGGGCAGGGAUGGCGCAUUCAAUGAUGCUGCCGAGGACGAGCCCGAAGCGGUAGGCAUCACCGCCAGCUCGAGCAUCCACGCUCUUGACCUGCUUCAUCGAGUCAACGACAGGGCGGCAGCGGAUCGAGUCUCGCAGACUCAAACUCUUCGAUCUCGGCUGUCGCAACUAUCAAUCAGUCGGGGCUCGAACAAGUAUCGCAGCGAAAGCCAAGAGGCUUUAGGCAAGGCGCGCGCGCUACCACCGCAGUUUCUCGACCAGAAGCGAGCUGACGUGGCGAAUCAAGAAGACGCCGAAACCUCAUCACCUGUGAAAGUUCCAGCCGAACCGGCAGACGCACAAGAAGUGCCAAGCACGGCAAGUUUCAAUGCUGAUGAGCAGUACGCAGAUCGCAAAUACUACAUCCUCUCAUCGGCCGGCAAGCCGAUCUACAUCUCCCAUGCCUCGCUCUCACGUCGUAGGAGACGUCGGGAUCGCCGCCGGCGUCAGCAACAACCGGCCUCCGACGAGCCGGACUCGAAACAAUCCGACGCAGCAGACGCCACUGAGAGCGAUGAAGAGGACGAGAGCAGCACCACCCAAGUGGGCGUCAUGCAGGCGCUCAUAUCCAUCUUUGCCGACGAAGACUCGGACAAGCUGCGCUACGUUCGACAAGGCGAUCUGCUCAUCACCUUUCUCCUUCGCGCGCCGCUCUACCUCGUCUGCGUGUCCAACUGGAACGAGGAGCCGUCGACACUGCGGCAGCAUCUCGAAUACCUCUAUCUGCAGGUGAUCAGCCUGGUCUCAGCGAGCCAGCUGAACAGGCUGUUUGCUCGGAUGCCGAAUUUCGAUCUGCGCAGGCUGUUGGAGGGGACGGAAGGGAUCUUUGACUACCUGGUCAAUCAGCUCAACGCCAACGAGACUGAGGAUGACGAGCAAGAUCAGCAUGCCGCUGCGAUAGCGCGAGUGAGCACCGAUUGGGCAUCAUGUCAUCAAUGGUGGCUGCAGGCUCUGCAACCUAUCCGCAUCGCCGUGCCGACGCUACGCGACCACCUGACCGCCGCUCUGCAGCCGCCAGCAGCCGAAUCUGGAUCGUCAAUGCAACCACACCGACCCAAGGAUCUACUCUACAUCCUCCUCGUCGCCAACGGGAGGAUCGUAACUCUGCUUCGGCCGCGAAAGCACUCCGUGCAUCCGAUCGACCUGCUCCUGCUCACCAACACGGUGAUGGGCAGUCGAUCGAUCAAGCGAUCCGGGGGCUCCGAAGAGGCAGAGAUCUGGAUGCCCUUCAGCAUGCCCAAGUUCGCACCGCAAGGGUUCGUGCAUGCCUACGUCAAGUUCCUGGACCCAUCGAGCUGGGUGGGCGAGACAGAAGCGGCAAAGGAGGGAAAGAUGACCUCGUCCGAGCUGGCCGUCAUUGUCGUCACUGGCGACAAGGACGCUUUUCCGACCGUAUCGACGUGGAUCUCCUCCCUCGUCGCACGUCCGCCGACACCCGCACCGAGUGAUGCUGCCGAGACCGCUUCGAUCGGCUCCACCAUCUCUGCCGUCUCUUCUCGCAAGGUCAGCAACAAAUCGCGUUCCAUCUCGAGAACGUUGAAACCCUCCGAGGACGCGCCGGUGUGGAUGACCUCCUUCCAGCGGCACAUCCUGACAUUGUCGCAGCACCUCUCGGACCCGCUCAACGUGGAAGCUGGUUCUCCGCGCGUAUCCGCCUACACGUGUGCCGAACUUGGCCUGCCCGGUCUGCGACACUUCGUCUAUCGUAGCAACAGCACCAUCCAGCUCACCUCGCCCACGCUACCGGACCCGUACAGCACGAGCGCCGUCGACCGCAAACGGCUCUUCACACUCUACUCGUUGGUGCAUCACAACAUCCACCAUCCUGCGCCGCCGUCGACGCCCCAGACCAAAGUUUCGGGGUCCAACCCCACCACCCCCGCUGCCACCUCCGGAGGAGGAGGGGGAGGGGGAAUGCUGGACAGUCUCGGUCUGGGUUCGUCGCGAGAUCCAAGACCGUUGCUUACUGCCGAUCGCAGACUCAAAAUGCAACUCGUCAAGACACAGCACGAACAGGUGCUAGGGUGGAUCACCAGCCCCUUUGAGCUCUACCUUUGUGUCAACGCGCAACUUUCCAAAAGCGCGAUUGUCGCCGUGGCCAAUGGGUUGACGAAAUGGAUCAAAGCCAAUGAAAGGGAUCUGUUCUUGGUCAACGCGGGCAGUUUCUAG